AUGCCUCAAUAUCCUGGCAACAAGGCCCAGAAGGGAUCUAGCCGUUCGGCAAAGCAACAAGCUCUGGACGACUUAGUCAUGGCUACAAAUAGUAGCAGUAUAGUGUCCAAGAGGAGUGUUGAACGCAUAUACUAUCCUGAUGAGCCGCACUUCUUCCGUUUCUUCGUCAAGAAAUUCCAACGACGAGCUCCACUGAUUAAUCGAGGCUAUUAUAUUCGAUUGCACGUAAUUGAUGUUGCCGUACGUCGGUUUCUGAAAAGUCCUUCAGACAAAAAGAAGGUGGUUAUCAAUCUAGGCUGUGGCAGUGACGUGCUCCCCUGGCAGUGCAUGACGAGAUAUCCGAAUGAAUGUCAAAAUGUCAAAUUCGUGGACAUUGAUUUCCCUGACCUGAUAGAGAAAAAAUGCCGGAUCGUUCAGGAAACCCCAGAACUCAACUCUCUCUUAACCGGGUUGAAGACUAACGUGGGACAUCAUGUACAGCUGCAGAGCGACCAAUACAUCGAGAUCGGAUGUGACCUUCGUCGUAUCUCUGAUAUAGAACAGGCACUCUCGACCGUAGUGGAUAUUGCUGACUGCAAGUUUAUGUUCGUAGCUGAAGUCUCCAUCACUUACAUGGAGACCGAAGGUGCCGAUUCAGUCAUUCAGUGGGCUAGCACCCUCGGACACGCCGAGUUUUGCUUGCUCGAACAAAUCAUUCCAGAUGGCGAAGAUCAUCCAUUUGCGCAGACUAUGUUAGCUCAUUUCGAGAAGUUGAAGACGCCCCUGAAGUCCGUUUUCGCUUACCCAACACUCGAAUCUCAACAGAAUCGCUUCACCAGCCGGGGUUGGUCACAAGUUGACGUCAAUUCCCUUUGGCAUAUAUGGUGUAGCGACCAAUGGUUACCGGCAGAUGAGAGGAAAAAGAUCGAUGCUAUUGAGCUUGAACCUUUUGACGAGUGGGAAGAAUUUGCCCUCUUCGCUGGGCAUUACUGCGUGGUUAUUGCUACGACUAAUUCAGAGAGCAUUCCAACAAUAUCUAAUGGCUCGAAAAAUGUAGAAGGGCUUCAAAUCCCGGUAUCACCCCUGAGCGCAGACUUUAGCGAAUAUUCUGGUACUCGAGGUCAACGUCGAUUCGGCGCCGCGAUGAGACUGAAGAAUAAUCUGGGAGAGGAAUUCUUGGCUAACACAUUCGGGUCUGGGACAAACACUCGAUUAAGGUCAUAUGAUCUCUAUGAAAGGGAAUCGCCUCUACAGGAUAUCGUAACCCAUCACACAGGUCCUAAUAGUCGUAUGUGCCACACGAUUACAGACCUGGGUGAUUAUAGGAGUCUUCUCGUAGGUGGUAGGACUUCCCCAUCGAGUCCACUGCGCGAUUGUUGGCUCUUCGAUAAGAGAGUUAACACAUGGCAACGGGUGGACGAUCUCCCAUUGCCCAUUUAUCGACAUGGUAUGACAAGACUUGGUAAUUCCAAUAUGGCGCUUUUAAUUGGAGGUAAAUCCGGAUCGUCGACAAUUUUCGAAGGGUGUCUUCUCUAUUCGCCAAGCUCUGGCUGGGUCGAGUGUGAGAUUCUAGGGUCGAACUAUGUACCCAUUUUUGGUGGCCUUUUGACGAGUCUCCAUGAGGCAACCCGCUCCUCAACAAGUAACGGUGUUCAGUUUUCUGGUGUGCUAAUAGGAGGUAUCUCUCAGGAAGGCAUCAUUGCUAGUCAAAUCUUGCGAUGGGUUUUGGAGCUUCCAGAAACUGGCAAGCCUACGAUUUCAUUCACGCCUCUAUCGGAUAUGGAGAUCCCCGGCCCCUGGGCCCGAGAUGUGCACGGCAUCAAUAAUCCUGAUGGUCUGAUAAAUCGCUUUGGGGCUACAGGUUUUGUUUCCUCCGAAGGACAUCUGACUGUGAUCGGAGGAAUCAUCGCAGACGGCAUAGUUACACGAGAUAUCGAAGUCUUAGUUGUAGACAUCUCUGGUUCGCACUAUAAAAUUCUUUCGACUUACCGUAUAGAAGUCGUCCCUCGGCCACUGUUAAUAGGAGUAUCGAUAGAAUUGGUUGACGGCAAUCAAUUAGUCAUUAUGGGUGGCGGAGCUACCUGCUUCUCAAUGGGGACAUUCUGGAACCACGGCUGUUUUACACUACAGUACAAUCAAGCAGUCACCAACGAUACACUAAUUGAAAGUAAGACAAGAAUAUGGAAACAUUCAAGGAUUGUUGAACUUACCGACGAGGCAAAACGCCAAGAUGUGCCGGCUUCCUUACAUAACGGACAAGUUGCAGUUAAGGUUGAUAUACCAAGGGUCCAAAUCGGAACAGCAGCUGCGUUUUUGGCAGCACUGAAAGCCGGAAAGCCAGUGGUCAUCGAAGGAGGUAAUCUGGGAGGCUGUGUUCAAAGUUGGUCGUCAGAACACAUCGUGAAGCAACUUGGUUUUGACCGGAAGGUCGUCGUCCACGAAGCAAAUAGCGCCAAGAUGGAUUUCAAUAGCAAGAAUUUCACCUACGUCACGAAAUCGUUUGGAAGCACGAUGCAAGAGAUCGAAAAAGGCAAUAAAUUAUAUCUGCGUGCUCUCUCGGAGGAUCACCCAACUGACCAGCCAGCCAAUAUCAGGGUGGAUUUUCCCCAAUUGGCAGAUGACUUUCAAUUACCUGAUGCGUUGUCAUUCGUGAAAGAAAAUGAGUUCAGUUCCGUGUUACGAAUUACCGGGCCAGUAAACAUGUGGUUACAUUACGAUGUUAUGGCAAACGUAUAUUGCCAAAUAGCGGGCUCUAAGAGAUUCAUCUUAUUUCCACCCUCAGACGUUACUCGCCUUUCCUUUGCUCCGGGGUCAUCAAGCUCGAGCAUUGAUGUAUUUUCCGAACUUCAAUCGCCGUCUCUAGCCGGGACACAUCCCCACGAAGCUGUGCUCAACCCAGGGGAUAUGCUAUUUCUUCCACCACUAUGGUUGCAUACUGCUACCCCGUUGAGUAACCUAGGGGUCGCUGUCAACGUCUUCUUCCGGAAUCUCGAAGCCGGCUACUCAUCCGGGAGAGAUGUUUAUGGGAACCGAGACCUUGCGGCUUAUGAAAAAGGUCGACUUGAUGUUACACGAAUUGCGAAUGGCUUCAAUAAGCUGCCAUUCGACAUGAGAGACUUCUAUAUCAAGCGAUUGGCAGAUGAACUUUCCCAGAAAGCCAUCGACUGAGAAAUAAUCUCGCAUGAUCGCUCUUCGAAGAAAAUAAUUGUCCAAUUUGGAUAUGGAUCAUACGGGAUCCCUCCUACCUAGAUACCUAAAACCUAAAUCCCUAUUGUAUUGCUUUGUCGCUUUUGCGAUAACUCUCCGUCCCAUGAACUCCUAUCCAAACUAGUCAACCCCAACGUUUCAAUGUUGUUGCUCAUUCCACUUCCCAACUUAGGCUAUUCCUGGGAUAGGAUUUGGUCCAACUGGGGGAGCGGAUGAAGCAAUAUUGGCUUGAUGCAUGGUUCGAGGCCCGUAUGAG